CAGGGGGCGGGUUGGAUUUCUAUAUUUUUUCACUUUUCCCCCAUGGCCUCCUCCAGGAUGUAUCUUCUUGUGAAAUGCAUGCUGAUUCUCCAACUUGUGGUGUUGAUCGCGAAGAACAGUCGGGCGCUCAUUUGUUUGCCCUGUGACAAGUCCAAAUGCGAGGAGCCCAAGCCCUGCACGGGCUCGGUGGUGCUGGGGAUCUGCGGCUGCUGCUCGGUUUGUGCCAAGCAGAAGAACGAGAGCUGCGGCGGCGUUUACGGUCUGUACGGGACCUGCGACCGCGGACUCCGGUGCGUGAUCAGACCCCCGUUAAACGGCGGCUCCAUCACGCAGUACGAGGUCGGAAAUUGCGAAGAUGAAAACUGGGAUGACGACCAGCUCUUGGGCUUUGAGCCGUGCAAUGAAAACCUGGUUACGGGCUGUAACAUCAUUGAUGGCAAGUGUGAGUGUGACAGUGUACGGACAUGCAACAACCCAUUUGAGUUCGCUAGCCAGGAAGCCUGUCAGACGGCGCUACAGAAGAUUGAAGAGGAAAGGCCGGACUGUUCCAAGGCGAGAUGUGAGGUGCAGUUUUCUCCACGUUGUCCUGAAGACUCAAUAUUAAUCGAGGGCUACGCUCCGCCAGGUGAAUGUUGCCCGUUGCCCAGCCGCUGUGUGUGUAGCCCGGCUGGGUGUCUGAGGAAGGUCUGCCAGCCCGGCCACCUCAACAUUUUGGUAUCCAAGAGUUCAGGCAAACCCGGCGAGUGCUGUGAUCUCUACGAGUGCAAACCAGUGUUCAGUGUGGACUGCAGCACUGUAGAGUGUCCUCCGGUGAAGCCUGUGCAGUGUCCGGCUGACAGCUAUGAGACUCAGGUCAGACUGACGGCAGAUGGCUGUUGCACCCUUCCUACCAGAUGUGAGUGUUUGCCAGGCCUCUGCACCUUCCCACAGUGCUCAGCGGGGAUGUCCCCUCAGGUCGUGUCCCGCGGUGAUGGAACACCUGGGAGGUGCUGCGAUGUUUUUGAGUGUGUCAACGAGACAAAGCCAGCCUGCACUUUUAACGGAGUGGAGUACCAUGAUGGAGACAUGUUCAGGAUGGACGCCUGCCGCUUUUGCCGCUGUCAGGGUGGUGUAUCUGUGUGCUUCACCGCCCAGUGUGGCGUCUUGCACUGCGAGCGCUACUAUGUUCCGGAUGGAGAGUGUUGUCCUGUCUGUGAAGACCCCAUCUACCCGGUGCUCAGUUUAGCUGGCUGCUAUGUGAAUGGGCAAAUCUUGGCUCACGGUGACCAUUGGCGCGAGGACGACUGCACCUUCUGCCAGUGUGUGAGUGGAGAUGCCCGCUGUGUGGCAGCUGCCUGCGGCCACAGCUGCCUCAAUCCUGUCACCGUGCCCGGAGAGUGCUGUCCCGUGUGUGAGGAGCCCACCUACAUCACGAUGGCGCCCCCUGCCUGUGGCUCACUGGAUAACUGCACACUGCUGGAGCAGAGCUGCGUGUUUGGCUUCAGGCUGGACCCCAGUGGCUGCAGGACGUGCGCCUGUAAGAGCCGAGAGGAGCUGUGUGGUGGUCUAAUGGCCAGCUGUACCCUGAAAUGCCCUUUUGGCUUCCAGACUGACAUUCAUGGAUGCGAUGUUUGCCAGUGUCGUCCACGUCACAAGAAGUGCAAGGCUGUCUCAUGUGCCAAGGACUGCCCGUUCGGCUACAUUAAGAACAAGCAUGGAUGUGAUACCUGCCGUUGUAAAAAAUGCCCUGAGUUGCCAUGUGACAAGGCCUGUCCAAUGGGAUUCCAGCAUGAUGAAUUGGGCUGUCUGAUUUGUCAGUGUAGAGAUCAGAGCUCGUCGUCUGUGACUCCAGCAGUGAAGCUGGGCUCUUGUCUGUCUAUGGACGGCCGCAGGCAUGAGAAUGGGCAGAGCUGGCACGACGGAUGCAGGGACUGUUACUGCCAUGCUGGAAGAGAAAUGUGUGCGCUUAUUUCUUGCCCAGUGCCACCCUGUGAUAAUCCUACCAUCCGCCCCGGACACUGUUGCCCCACAUGCCCAGAAGAGUCCAGUUCCCAUAAACCCGAGCUGAGUGAGGCGUCAGUGUGUUUGGCUCCAGGCGGAGAGUAUUUUGUUGAGGGAGAGACGUGGAACAUCGACUCCUGCACUCAGUGCACCUGCCACAGCGGCCGAGUGCUGUGUGAGACCGAGGUUUGCCCGCCUCUUCUCUGCCACAGCCCAAUCAGAACACAGGACUCCUGCUGCCCACACUGUCCAGAUGAUCCAGUCACACCUCAGACACCCAGUAAUGACAGCAUGCCCAGCUACUGCAGAAAUGAGGAUGGUGAUAUCUUCCUGGCGGCUGAGUCCUGGAAGCCCAACGUCUGCUCUAGCUGUGUGUGUCUAGACGGAGCCAUCAGCUGCUUCUCUGAGUCUUGCCCACCAGUCAACUGUGCCCGACCCGUGCUCAGAAAGGGCCAAUGCUGCCCGUACUGUCUAGAUGCUACGCCGAGGGCUGUGUGUCAUUUCAACGGGAAGACGUACAUGGACGAGGAGCGAUGGGACAUUGACAGCUGCACUCACUGCUACUGCCUGCAAGGCCAGACUCUGUGCUCCACCGUCAGCUGUCCUGCUUUACCCUGCCAUCAGCCGCUCACUGUGGAGGGCAGCUGCUGCCCCAUGUGUCCAGAGAGUUACGCUCCUACGAAUGUGCCCAUCGAGAAGACGGACCAACGAGGAGACAAGUCUAGACAUCAGCCAGCCUGGCCCACUCACAGCGAAAAUGAUGUUAUGCCACAGUUUAGAGGUGAAUUUGGAAGUCUGCAGAUGCCCUACCUAGAUGGCAAGACGCCUCUGCCCAGUGAAGAUGCUGGUCUGCAUUGGGCAUGGGUGGCAUUACCAGUCUUGAUGAUGAUGCUUACUCUAGCCGCCUUGCUGUUGGUCAACCAGCGGAAGCAGUGGAUCCCUGUCCCUUGCUAUCGCACACCCAAUAAGUCUACAUGUCUCAACAACCAGCUGGUGUACGUGGACUGCCAGAAGGGGACGAAGGUCCAGGUGGACAGUUCGCAGCGCAUGCUCCGCAUUGCAGAUCCCGACUCGAGAUACAGCGGCUACUACAGCAUGCAGAAACACAACAACCUGCAAGCUGACAACUUCUACCAGACCGCGUGAACAGCAGGAGCGAGAGAG